UGAGAAAAUAGCCGGCAAUUGCCGUCCCCUAUUAUUUAAAAUUUUAAUUAUAAAUAUUUAACUUUUGAAUACGCGUUGAACAAUCAACCCAGAACCACACAAAGCCAGUCUCCUUCUAGGUAAUUCAAGCCUUUGUCAAUCGAUUUCUCAAUCGCUUCUCUGGGAUUUCACUGUUCAAGGUAUUAUGUAUUUAUUCGUCUCAUUUAAUCCAAAAUUUUCAUACAUACACUUAGUGUAGUUGUAAUCCAUAGCACUAAGCAGAGCCUAUAAUUUUCCGGGUUUGCUCACAUUUUUUUUUUAAUUUUUAAUAAAAAUAAAUCGAGGUUCUUUUGCAAGUUCGUAUUUUUAAGGGUCCUGUUGAAUUUGGCAAUUUGGGUAUUGCGUAAAUUUGAAUUUUUCAAAUAAUAGAAGUUUAUUGGAGGUGUGAAGUUGAGUCAAAUGUUUGUCAUGUGAAGGAUGAGGUUUUGGGAAGGUUAAGCGUAGUUCAUUAUCCCUUAGAUUCUUUCUAAUGGAGUUGGGUAAAGAAGGAGGUUUUGUGAAGGUUUGGAUUGUUUUCGAGUGGUAGAUUUUGCUUGUCAAGGAGGGUUUUGUGGGGGUGUGUAUUUUUGUUUAUAUAGCAAAAUGGGUUUAAUAUGUUCCAAGCCUUCGGCCGUUGAAGAUAGCCGGGAAAGCCCACCAAAGAGAUCAUCUUCAAGUUUGAGUAAGCAAGGCUCGGAGAGGAAGGCUUCGCGAUUGAAUUCUUCAAAAAGAAAGGCGGCGGUUUGGACUAAAGAUAAAUUGGGUGGUGGUAGUGAUGUGAAAGUUAUGUUGAUGGAUAAGAAAGUCAGUGGUUCAAUGCGAUUGUAUGAUCAGAAUAAGAGUAAGAAGAUAGAGAAGGCUGAUGUUGCUGUUCUGGAUCAUCCGGGUUCAAGAAGAAUUGUGAAUGCUACAGUGGCUGAGCAAGUUGCUGCAGGAUGGCCAGCUUGGCUCUCUGCAGCUGCCGGUGAAGCUAUCAAUGGAUGGAUACCACGGCGUGCUGAUACUUUCGAGAAGUUAAAUAAAAUCGGCCAAGGAACUUAUAGUAGUGUUUACAAGGCUCGUGAUGUCUUGAACAAUACAUUUGUUGCUUUAAAAAAAGUCAGAUUUGAUAAUCUUGAUCCUGAGAGUGUCAAGUUUAUGGCAAGAGAGAUCCUUUUCUUGCGUAGGCUUGAUCAUCCUAAUAUAAUAAAGUUGCAAGGAUUGAUCACAGCACGGACAUCUAGCAGCUUGUACCUUGUUUUUGAAUAUAUGGAACAUGAUCUUACAGGACUUGGAUCAAGCCCAAGCAUUAAGUUCUCUGAACCUCAGGUUAAAUGUUACAUGAAGCAACUUCUAAGUGGACUUGAUCACUGUCAUAGUCAUGGUGUUUUGCAUCGUGACAUAAAGGGGUCAAAUCUUCUAAUUGACAACAGUGGCAUCUUGAAAAUUGCGGACUUUGGCUUGGCAAGCUUUUAUGAUCCUCAUCACAGUGUUCCAUUGACAAGCCGUGUGGUGACUCUUUGGUAUCGACCUCCAGAACUUUUACUUGGAGCCUCUAAAUAUGGGGUUGCAGUGGAUUUGUGGAGUACGGGUUGCAUACUAGGAGAAUUGUAUUCUGGAAAGCCUAUCCUGCCAGGAAAAACAGAGGUUGAACAAUUGCAUAAAAUUUUCAAGCUCUGUGGUUCGCCAUCUGAGGAGUAUUGGCGUAAAUUGCACUUACGAAAUUCAACAGUGAUCAAGCCUCCACAGCCUUAUAGAAGAUGCUUGGCAGAGACUUUUAAGGACCUUCCUGCUGCUGCUGUGCAUCUUAUGGAAAUUUUACUUUCUGUUGAUCCUACUGAUCGAGGAACUGCUGCUAUUGCUCUUGAGAGUGAGUUCUUCACCACAAAGCCUCUUCCCUGUGAUCCUUCAAGUUUACCCAAGUACCCUCCCAGCAAAGAAAUUGAUGCCAAAUUGCGAGAGGAAGAAGCUAGAAGGAAAGGAGCAAUUGGAGGAAGGGGUCAGAAGGUAGACCUGGGCUGGAGACCACAACCUCCAGCAGUUACAGGAACAAAUGCUAAUGCUGAGUUAAUUGCAUCAGUCCAGAGAAGACAAGGCCAUUCUAACCAAAAGAUGCGAAGUGAAAUGUUCAACCCUCACAGGGAGGAAGCUGUUUCUGGUUUUCUGGUUGAUCCAACUAAACAUUUGCGAACAGAUAAAGACGCUAGAAAAGAUUUAUCGGAGUACCACAAUAAGAGGACUUCAGUUUCGGGACCACUAGUCCAUGGGCCCGGAUGGCCCAAGUCUGGGAAGGAAUGUAAUGAUUCUCUUAUGAGUUCAAAUAGAGCCAACUUGUCAAAAUUAUCUGGUUUAGUAUUGGCUAGGACUGCGUUGUCUGAAGACCAACAAGAGAAACCUGGUCCGUCAGGGCCAGAAACAACAAAACAAGUUGGCGGGGUUCCUGGGUCAUUUGAUGUGGAGGAAUCCACAAAAAAUCAGGAGCGGAUGCGUUAUUCCCAGAGAAUUGCUAGGUCUCGUCAGAUGGAAGAUGAGAAAGCCUGCAUUAAAGAACCAAAUAUGCAUGGUCGUGGGCCAAAGGGAAACAAAAUUUAUGUGUCUGGUCCAUUACUUGUUUCGUCGAACAAUGUUGAUAAGAUGCUUAAAGAACAUGACCGACAGAUCCAAGAACAUGCUCGGCGAGCACGACUUGACAAGAUUAGACCUGGGAAGCAAGGGACAGAAAAUCCAACAUUUGCUUCUUGGCGUUGAGGUGGAUAAGCUAUGGAAGUAAACAUAUUUUUUCAUGGUCUUCAUGGAGCUGAAUCCCUGGAACCCGUUAACCUCGUAAAACACACACACAAACACACAGAAGGAGCUAAGCUCCUCUCAAAUAUGGUAUUGUUCCCUGUACAGUGAUCACAUGUGUAAGAGAUAGUCUUUCUUUAGUUCCACAAUUUUACUUGGUAGAUAACUUAUCUGAUCUGAAUGGCCAAUUUUGAAGAAGUGGAUUUUGCUUUAGACCAUAUUCUAUAUAUUGACCCACAUAUAAGUCCAAAUCUCUCUGGAAGCCAUUUCAGAAUGAAUCUGUUAUUCUGUUUGUGGCAAUUUUUUUUCGUAC